UGAUACUCCUGGCUCACCGUCCUUCUCAAACGGAUAGGUCGACUACGUCACUUCCUGUUUGUCCAUCCCUGGAAAAAUGGCGACGUCUCUAGGAGCUAACACAUACAACAGGCAAAAUUGGGAGGACGCGGAUUUUCCAAUUCUCUGCCAAACAUGUCUAGGAGAGAAUCCUUACAUUCGCAUGACCAAAGAGAAGUAUGGGAAGGAGUGUAAAAUUUGUGCCCGUCCCUUCACUGUGUUUCGCUGGUGCCCUGGUGUGAGAAUGCGCUUCAAGAAGACAGAGGUUUGUCAGACUUGCAGCAAAAUGAAGAACGUCUGCCAGACCUGCUUGCUUGACCUUGAAUAUGGUCUGCCCAUUCAGGUCCGUGACACAGGUCUUUCGGUCAAAGAUGACGUGCCGAAGUCAGAUGUGAACAAAGAAUACUACACUCAGAAUAUGGAGAGAGAGAUUGCCAACUCUGACGGGACGAGGGCAGUGGGUAUGCUUGGUAAGGCUCCGAGUUCCAGUGACAUGCUCCUGAAGCUGGCCCGCACCACGCCCUACUACAAGAGGAACAGGCCACACAUCUGCUCCUUCUGGGUGAAGGGAGAGUGCAAGAGAGGAGAGGAGUGUCCGUACAGACAUGAGAAGCCAACUGAUCCAGAUGACCCUCUGGCUGACCAGAACAUCAAGGACCGUUACUAUGGCAUCAAUGAUCCGGUUGCUGACAAACUGUUGAAGAGGGCGUCUUCCAUGCCGAGACUGGAUACUCCAGACGACAAGUCUAUCACCACUCUUUAUGUGGGAGGCCUAGGAGACACCAUCACUGACUCCGAACUCAGGAACCACUUCUAUCAGUUUGGGGAGAUUCGCACCAUCACAGUCGUUCCCAGACAGCAGUGCGCUUUCAUCCAGUUUGCUACGCGUGGGGCUGCUGAGUCAGCUGCGGAGAAGUCCUUUAACAAGCUCAUCAUUCACGGCCGCAGACUCAACGUCAAAUGGGGCAGGUCCCAGGGAUCUCGAGGAAAGGAGAGAGAAAAAGACGGAGUGUCUGAAAGCGGCAUGCGACUGGAACCAGUGCCUGGACUUCCUGGAGCGUUGCCUCCACCUCCUGUGUCAGAAGAGGAGGGCUCAGCCAAUUACUUCAACCUGGGCCCCAGCAGUGCUCCUGUGGUGAUGAACAUGGGGCUGCCGCCUCCUCCAGGGGUCUCCAUGCCCCCACCUCCAGGCUUUGGUCCUCCAAUGUUCCCCUCUAUGGAUGGCAUGGGCCCUCCUAUGCCCCCUCCCAUGCAAAUGAGGCUCCCAGGUCAGGUCCACUACCCUUCCCAGGAUCCUCAGCGCAUGGGUGCCCAUGCUGCUCGCCACGGAGGCACCUAGGGAUGGAACUUAAAAAACACUGCUGUGAACUGUGGCAAAAAAGACAACCUUUUUAUAUAUAUAUAUAUAAUGUCAUCAGGUUGGUCCUAUUCCAGUCGGCAAUGUCUUUUUUUUAAUUUCUUUUAUCAAAGCAGUGAAUCCUUGGUACCCAUCAGAGAAGCAGGCUCAAUUUCAAAUUCAUCAAAUGUAUAUGCCUCACUAAUGUUUUUUUUUUUGCUUGUCUUAUUUCUCUGUAUUUUUGGAUAUGACCAUAAACCAAUUCCUCAUUCGUAUGAUUCCUUUUGCCAUGAUGUGAUAAGUGUUUUUUCCACUGUGAGGCUUGUCUGACUGCGGGAGAGGGGGAAGUAUGUGAAUGUAUAUGUAACAAAGAGAAUUCAGAUGACUCAUGCUUUUUAUUUCUACACAUUACAUCCAGACAACUUUUCCACUUUAAAUUCAGCCUGCUAUGAACCUGAGACCUUCUGGAGGUUGCGUGUUCAACGUGAUGUGUACAUUUGGCCUGACUCUGUGCAUAACUAGGGUGUAGUAACUAUUAUUCUCCACAAGGUGGAGACGUUGUCACUCUAAUGUACAAUUUCAAAGUCUGAACUGUUACAGAAUGGAAGAAGAGGACUCAGCCGUCACUGCCAGUCCAAUUGUAGUGUGUGUGUCGUCCUAUUUGGACCAAUCCAACCCGUUUUGUGAUAUUUCCAUUCAUCUGUGUAUUGUUUCCAACAAUUUUGUAAUGUGAUAAUGUAACAUUUAUUAAACCCUUUCAUUUUAUGAUUUAUCA